CAGAGAGUACAUUCCAGAUGGGGAUGAGAAUCAACAACACACUUGAACUCAAUCUAGAGAAGGGAGAGCCAGCUCUGGUUCCUCCCGCAGAGGAUACAAACCAAAAGGGCACUCUCUACUUCCUCUCCAACAUAGAUCACAGAUACCAGGUGAGGAUUCGAACCGUGUACUGUUUUAAACCAAGUCAUGACGACAGAGACGGCAGCGGCGACGACGUGACGGAGGUCAUAAGAGAUGCCUUGUCUAAGGUCCUGGUACCGUACUAUCCGGUGGCCGGGCGGCUGACCACCGACUCAGACGGGAGGCUGGCGGUGGACUGCAAUGACAAAGGUGCCGUUUUCGUGGUGGCGAAAGCGGGUUGUACGGUAGAAGAGAUUGGUGAUGAUACUGUGACUAUGGAGAAGCUGGUUUACGAUGUUCCUGCUGCCAAACACAUACUAGAUGUCCCACCUUUGGCUGUUCAGGUGACCAAGUUUAAAGAUGGAGGAUUUGUUCUCGGAAUAUGCGUGAACCAUAUGAUAUUUGAUGGCCCGACUGCGAUGGAAUUCAUCAACUCUUGGGGCGAAAUUGCCCGGGGCUUGUCAUUGAAAGUUCCUCCAUUCACGGACAGAACCUUACUCAAAGCUCGAAACCCGCCGGAGAUCGAGUUCGAUCAUCCGGAAUUUCUCCAGAUGGAAGAUAUAUCAAACACUUCCGAUCUCUACGAAGAAGAAUUGCUGUACAAAUCGUUCUGUUUCGAUGUUAACAAGCUCGAAAGAGUGAAAGCGAAAGCCAUGGAAGAUGGGGUUCUGGUUAAGUGCUGCUCUACGUUUGAAGCCAUGUCAGGCUUCAUUUGGAAGAGUAGAACUCAAGCUCUGAAACUGAAACAUGAUCAAAAGACGAAACUCCUCUUGGUCGUGGAUGGACGGUCCAGAUACGAUCCGCCAUUGCCGGGGAAUUACUUCGGCAAUGGCGUUGGGCUUACGAGUUGCAUUUGUAGCGCAGGCGAGCUAACGGAGAAACCAGUAUCAUUUGCGGUAAGAUUAGUUCAAGAGGCCAUCCAGAUGGUUACCGAUCGUUACUUGAGAUCGGCCAUAGACUACUUGGAAGUAACAAGAGCUAAUCCUUCAAUGACUCUGACCGUUUUGAUUAGUACUUGGACUAGGUUAUCAUUCGAUUCCACGGAUUUCGGAUGGGGACAACCCUUUCUAGCCGGACGGGCGUCGUUACCUGGGAAGGAAACAGCUCUCUUCCUCUCCCAUCCGAAAGAGAAGAAAAGCAUUAAUGUGAUUGUGAGUUUUCCAGCUUCUUCCAUGAAGAUCUUUGAAGAUGCCAUUGACAUUUAAGCUUAAUUAAGGCUGUGUUUGGUCAACGUAGAAAUGAUAUCUACUCCCUCCAUCCCAUUCUGGUUGUUCUUUUCUCAUGUUUGUGCCAGUUUUCAAUUAUUUAUAUCUUUCAAUGUAAAUUAAUCUUCAAAUAUAUGCUAUAUGGAUCUUAUUUGACAAA